AUUUGAAGGUCGGAUUUUUUUGGUUAUAAAGGGAUUGACAUUCGGAAUUUAAGAAUAAGCUUCGAGCGCAAAUGAAAUAUAAUUAACUCUCAGGUUUAUCACGGUGCGUUUUAAACCCACAUAUAGUUUUAAACUCUUUAAAAAUGUAGUUCGAGAUACAAUGGAAAUAAAAUGAAUGAUUCUAACAAAGAGCCACUUCAUCCUGUUAUGGAUACGGAUUUUAAAGAUGUAGACCUUAGCUCACGGGACGAAGCAAAUGAAUGUAAUGGAGAUGUUUCAGCAACCGAUAUUACAAGUGAAAAGAAACAAGUAGCAGAAAAUGCAAAUUUAGAAGAUGAAACCUUCAACAUAACAUGGAGACUAUAUAAAAAUUAUAAAAUAAGUAUAUGCAAACCUCUCAUACCUUUGAAACUAGCUUUGAUACUUUGGUUUGGAGCUGGAUCAAUUAUUGGAUCCUUUCUUGCGGUCUACUUCAAACAACGUGGUCUUGCCUUGUCAGAACUUUCAACGAUAUUUAUGAUAUCACCAUUCGCCCAAUUUCUAGGAUCAACAGCAUCAGGAAUAAUAGCAGAUAAGCUGGGAAGAUCCAAGCCCGUUCUAGUAGGCAAUCUCGUAAUUACCCUGCUAGCUGUUACUGGCAUGCUGUUGAUGCCAAGAAUGAACUCCGAGAGUUGUAAUCCACAGCCAUUAAAUAUCAAGUGUCAUUAUCAAGAAUUCUACAGAUUAAUGGUAAGAUCUACUUGCGACAUCGAAGAUAAGGUCUUCGAAGUAACAUCUUGCAACAUUCAGUGCCCCGAAAAUGUUACUGAGUACUGUUUCGGACAAAAUAUCAUUUGCGAAAUUUUGGAGAGCAGUGAAGGAAUUGCGAAUUUUUCUUUAUUGAUUCAUGUGAAUGAGACUUUUAAAACAAAAAAUAAAUGCUUUUAUAACGUUCGUGCUUUGACGCACAAAAAUAGAACUUAUUCGUGGUGCAAUGUGCCACAUAAAAUGUACUGUAGAAUAAAUUGUUCAUAUUUUUCCGAAGAAAAGUGUAAUCGGGAAAGAGGAUCAAGAUGGAGACUUUUGGUGGCUAACAUGGUGUUGUUAAUGCUCUUUUUCACUACAUUUACUACCUGCUACCGUAUUUUUGACGUUACUGCUAUGUCUUUGGUUAAAGAAUAUAAUUCUGAUUUUGGUCGUGAAUGUUUCUUUUCUGUUCUUGGUGUUUUGAUAUUUACUCCCGUCGCUGGGUAUGUUGUAGAUGCGAACACUUCUCCAGGUGAUGAAAAGCACUAUGCAUCCGCAUUUUACUGUUUCAUUGGGAUGUGCAUAUUAACUUUAGCAAUUAUUUAUAAAUUAAAAGUAAAAAUUAAUCCACCAGGCAGAAACAUGUGGAAAAAGGCUUUGAAUUUAUUAAAAAAUGCCGAUCUUAUUUCAUUUAUCUGCAUUCUUUUCAUGCUUGGUACUACAUGGAACUUUAUGAAGAAUUUUACAAACUGGUUCCUUGUAGAGCUUGAUACUCCAGGCAUUUUAUUCGGUCUGAUUCCAGCAGUGAAUGGCAUAUAUGGACUUCCAUUUCUGUUGACAUCUAAAUGGUGGGUUCAGAAAAUUGGUUCUCCCAACAUAUUCUUAUUAGCACUUUUAGGAUACGUUUGUAGUGCAAUAGGAUAUUCAUUUCUGUUUAACCCUUGGUACUCCCUGCUAUUAGAAGUAACAUCAAUUUUUACUUUUCAUUUGUUGUGGGUUACUGUCAUUCUUCAUAGUCACGAAAUUGCACCCGAAGGACUGACGGCGACAGUUAUUUCUACAGCUGGAGGUAUCCAUUUUAAUAUAGGCAAAGGUUCAGGUAGUUUGAUUGGUGGAUUAAUAAUGGAUUCUUUUGGAGGCAGAAUUGCAUACCGAGUCAUAGCCGUUAUUUGCCUGAUUUCUGCAGUAAUGUAUGGAAUUUACAUUUACAUACGUCGCAUUUAUUUCACACAAAAUCAUGAUGUCAAAAACAGAGAUACAGAUGAAAAUCCUGAAAAUGCAAAAGAAUCGAAAGAAAUUCACUCUCUGCAAAAUAAAAUUUGAAGGCUGUAAAAUUUUAUUGUUAAAAAAAUUUCCUAAACGAAUAUUUAUUAUUGAAGUAAUUUAUAAAUAUCACAAUGAAUAUGCUGUACUAUCCCAUGACUACUUUGUAUAUAAAUGUCCUAUACUGAC